AUGGAAAAGAUCACUGAAAAGAUUGCGGCUUUGCCGCCGGACUCCAAUUAUUUCUCAUUGGAGUUCUUUCCCCCGAAGACGCAGAUGGGCUCGGUGAACUUACAAGCUCGUCUUGAACGCAUGGCUCAGGCCUUAAGGCCGCUUUUCGUGACUGUGACAUGGGGUGCCGGAGGAACGACGGCAGCAAAGUCCCUCGAACUGGCCGAGAUCUGCCAGCGCCAACUGCAAUUAACGACAUGCCUACAUCUUACGUGCACGAAUAUGACCAGAAGCUUGAUUGACGAAGCGUUGGAGCAGGCAAAAGCACUCGGCAUCAGAAAUAUCCUUGCCCUCCGAGGUGACCCACCCCGCAGUGAGGAAUACAACAUGGACGGGGAUGACGAUAGCAAUAAGGACUUUACUUGGGCUAUAGAUUUGGUGCGCUACAUCAGAAAGAUAUAUGGCAACUACUUCUGUAUCGGAGUUGCGGCAUACCCCGAAGGUCAUCCUGGCGAGUCGCAGACGGAUAUCCAAGACCCCGAGAAAGACUUACCGUAUCUGGUGGAAAAAGUGCAGGCGGGCGCAGACUUUAUCAUGACUCAAUUAACAUAUGAUUUUGAAGCGUAUCAGAAAUUUGAGGACAGACUUCGAAAUCACCCAUCGGGGGCGAUGAAGACCAUACCGAUAAUCCCCGGCCUUAUGCCUAUCCACGGUUACAAGAUUUUGACGAGAGUGACGAAACUUAGCGCGGCUCAUAUCCCGCCUGCAAUAAUGUCACGGAUUGAGCAAGUUCGGUCAGAUGAUGAGCGAGUCAAACAAGUUGGCGUUGAUAUUGUGAGCGAGAUAGCUAACCAGAUCAAGGCGUUGCCCAACCCGGGACAACGUGGAUACCAUUUCUACACACUCAACUUGGAAAAAUCAGUGACCUUGAUAUUGGAAAGCUGCGAUUUGAUUCCACCUUGCAACGAUGAUAGUGCUGUUGAAGAUGGGUUUGCGAUUGAACAAGUCGGUUCAAAUAAUCAAGAUCUCAAAACACUUGUGUCACGCCGUCGAGCCUCUUCCAUCAACUCCGGUCCUCAUAACCGGGUCAUUGUUGACAAGCUACAUGUACCAACUGAUCAACAAUCCGAACAUUCAUCGAGAAAAUCAAUCACGUACGAGACUCUGGCAUCUAAUGCCGGUGUGCCAGCCUUGAACCCCCCACCACGAAGUACUCAAUUGCAAAUCUCAGAAGGUAUCGGCUCACUGGGUCGCGAAGCAACAUGGGAUGAUUUCCCUAACGGACGUUGGGGUGAUUCCCGUUCUCCUGCAUUCGGUGAGAUUGAUGGCUACGGUCCUUCUUUGCAUGUGAAUGCUACAGUAGCAAAAGAGCUAUGGGGAUUCCCAGUAACUAGAGAAGAUAUUGGCACUCUUUUCCGGAAACACGUAUCUGGAGAACUAUAUAUUGUCCCUUGGUCCGAGGGCGGUGCAGCAGAAGACGCCAAUCUCAAUGCCGAGACACAAAUCAUCAAACCACAACUAUUGCAGAUUAUCGAGAAAAAGAACUGGUGGACACUUGCGUCACAGCCCGCCGUGAACGGUGUGCGAAGUGACCAUCCCGUCUUUGGCUGGGGACCACCAGGCGAGGGCUUCGUCUUCCAAAAGGCCUUUGUUGAAUUCUUCUGCCCUAACGCCGAUUACCAAAACAAAGUCAAGCCGACUCUCCUCAAACAUGGCAGUGAAGAAUUCUCCUGGUUCGCCAUCAACGCAACCGGCCACCUCGAAUCAUCCUUUUUACUAUCCGCCUCCUCCUCCCCGAAACCAGAAGACGCCUCUUCCACCAUAGCCGCCGACGAAGAGCCCGUCGAAGUACGCGAAAGUAAAGGCAUGGCAGUGACCUGGGGUGCCUUCCGCGGCCGCGAAAUCACAACACCCACCAUAAUCGAAGAAGUUAGUUUCCGUGCCUGGGGUGAAGAGGCAUUCCGUAUCUGGGACGAGUGGAGACGCAUCUACCCUCGCGGAUCAGCUACGGAGCGGCUCUUGAAUGAGACCAAGAAUGAUGCCUGGCUACUUUGUGUGAUUGGGCAUAGAUAUGGAGCCGGUACGGAGCCAGGGUCGGAGGAAGAGAAGGCGGAAAUGAAUACGUUGUGGAAUGUGCUUGCGGGGGAUAUGUGA